AGUAAUAAAUAAAUAUGUACGUGUAGUUAUUCACGGAGUUGCAAUAGUAUAUUUUAUUUUAAGAUUAUAUUAUAGAAGAAUAACUUUUACUAUGUAUACCAUAGCAAUUAUUGUGUUUAUUGCGGUAUUAAAUCCAGUUAACAUUUAUAGUGAACAAACUACUGAAAAUUUCGACUAUACUGUGAUACUUGAUAAAUAUUCCGAUUAUAGUUUAGACGCAGAUAUUGAAACUUAUCGAAGUUACGCAGAAAAACUAAUUCAAGGUGCAGGAGGUCUGAUUAGUUCAAUAAAAAGUUCAUCAAAUUCAAGUUCAUCCGGGGGGAUAACAGGAUUUUUAAAAAAAUCAAUACAAACAAUAUUAACACCUGUGCGAAAAAUAGCCGCAGUUGCAGGAAAAGGAUUUGGUACAUUUCUUAAUAAUAAUAAAGAUCGACUACGAGCAAUAUUUCCAGGUACACGAUGGUGUGGUGAUGGGAAUAAAGCACGCAGUGAAAAUGACAGUGGCUUAUUUAGAACAACUGAUGUUUGCUGUAAACAACACGAUCAAUGCCCGUUCAAUAUACAGAGUGGACAGAGCUUUGGUCCUUUAAUGAACAAUGGCGCGUUUACAAGAUCAUGGUGUACAUGCGAUCAAGAGUUCUACGAUUGCUUAAAAAAUGCUAACAAUCCCAUUGCUAGAGAAAUUGGUCAUACAUAUUUUACAUUUCUAGGACCUCAAUGUAUCAAUUAUGGAUAUCCAAUUGUAUCUUGUCUCGAGCGUGGAGGUUUAGACGCAGAUAUUGAAACUUAUCGAAGUUACGCAGAAAAACUAAUUCAAGGUGCAGGAGGUCUGAUUAGUUCAAUAAAAAGUUCAUCAAAUUCAAGUUCAUCCGGGGGGAUAACAGGAUUUUUAAAAAAAUCAAUACAAACAAUAUUAACACCUGUGCGUAAAAUAGCCGCAGUUGCAGGAAAAGGAUUUGGUACAUUUCUUAAUAAUAAUAAAGAUCGACUACGAGCAAUAUUUCCAGGUACACGAUGGUGUGGUGAUGGGAAUAAAGCACGCAGUGAAAAUGACAGUGGCUUAUUUAGAACAACUGAUGUUUGCUGUAAACAACACGAUCAAUGCCCGUUCAAUAUACAGAGUGGACAGAGCUUUGGUCCUUUAAUGAACAAUGGCGCGUUUACAAGAUCAUGGUGUACAUGCGAUCAAGAGUUCUACGAUUGCUUAAAAAAUGCUAACAAUCCCAUUGCUAGAGAAAUUGGUCAUACAUAUUUUACAUUUCUAGGACCUCAAUGUAUCAAUUAUGGAUAUCCAAUUGUAUCUUGUCUCGAGCGUGGAGGGAAACGGAUAUUGCAAAGAAAGUGCAUAAAAUAUGAAUUUGACUCAUCAAAAAAUUUAACACUUCAAUGGUUCGAUAAUCCCGAUUUUUAAUCAUAAACUUUACUCAGAUGUUGAUACUUUUUUCGUAGAAAUAUUUUAUCAUUAAUCUUUAUUAGAGUGAUUAAAUAUAUUUAUCCAUACACAACAAAUUGAUAAUAAAUGAUAUAUUCUGCGAAA